UACAACUUACUAUAUCUUUCUAUUGUUGGACUCUUUUGGGUACAGUUUUGCCUCCCUUUAGCAAUGUUGAUUCCCUUUAGGAAACAUAGAAGCAAACAUCGCAAGGAUACGGUUAAGGCAUGGUGUAUCCAGUCUCCUUUUAUACACAAUACACACUCCCUUUCUCUCUCCUCUCUCUUUCUCUCUGAUAAACCUCUCUCUCUCCUCUCUCUUUCCCCUUCGCCGAAUCGAAGAGCCACUACUCACAAACCACACCACGUACGCACAAAAUUUAGUAUAAAACUACUAAUAAUUCCACAUCCCUUUAGAGAGAGAAUGAGCAGAAACAGAGGUAGCACAGGGGAAGCAAAGUAGAGAGAGAGAAAGAGUAUCUCUGUUACUUCACAUUCUCUCUCUAUUCUUUAUCUUCUUCUUCUUCUUCUUCUUCUUCUUCUUCUUCUUCUUCUUCUUCUUCUUCAGUUGUUGUGUUGGGUAUGGAUUGUGGGCCUUUAGCGGACAUUGAUGACGAGUAUGAGAAGCUUGUGAUCGGCAUGAACCCGCCAAGGGUCACUGUGGAUAACAAUUCCAGCAGGAGAGCUACUCUAGUGAAGGUGGAUAGUGCUAAUAAAAAUGGGAGCUUGUUGGAGGUUGUGCAGGCCCUGAUUGAUCUUAACCUCACUGUGAGCAGAGCAUACAUUACUUCUGAUGGAGACUGGUUCAUGGAUGUGUUCCAUGUUGUUGAUCAAGAUGGGAAUAAGCUCUACAACAAUGAAGUUAUCGAUCGAAUUCAACAGUCAUUGGAAUCGCAAUCGUUCAGCUUCCGACCAUUGAAAAGAUCGGUCGGAGUCCAAGCCUCUUCAGACCACACGACGAUUGAAUUGAUAGGUCAUGACCGGCCCGGGCUCCUCUCUGAGAUCUUUGCCGUCCUUGCAGACCUUAAAUGCAAUGUGGUCACAUCCGAAGUAUGGACCCAUAACCUCCGAAUGGCGGCGCUAGUCUACAUAACCGACGAAUCAACCUUGUUACCAAUCCAUGACCCCGAGCGCCUUUCGAAGAUCAAACGCCUGCUUCGCUAUGUGCUUAGAGGAAAUCGAGAUAAGCAUAGCGCCAAAACCUCUAUAUCCUUUGAUUCCACUCAUACAGAAAGGAGGCUACACCAAAUCAUGUACGCCGACCGUGACUACGACAGAGAUGAAAGUAACAGCGAUGAGGGAGCCAUCGAUCGGAGCAAGACGAUCGUGACAGUGGAGAAUUGUGCCGAUAAAGGGUACACGGUAGUGAAUGUGCGGUGUAAUGACCGGCCUAAGCUGCUCUUUGAUGCUGUGUGUACUUUAACCGAUAUGCAGUAUGUCGUCUUCCACGGAACUGUCAUUGCUGAAGGGCCAGAAGCUUAUCAGGAAUAUUACAUUAGGCACAUUGAUGGAUCCCCUAUCACCUCAGAAGAAGAGAGGCAAAGGCUAAUACUUUGCCUUGAGGCAGCAAUCAGAAGAAGAAAUACAGAGGGUGUGAGGCUUGAGCUUUGCUGUGAAGAUAGAGCGGGCCUUCUCGCCGACGUGACCCGGAUAUUUAGGGAAAAUGGAUUAUCAGUCUCGCAGGCCGAGGUGUCGACGCAGGGAUUGCAAGCCGUGAACGUGUUCUACGUCGUGGACUCUUCGGGGAAUCAAGUGCAGAGCCAAACGAUCGAGGCUGUAAGGAACGAGAUAGGGCAGACGGUUCUUCUUGUGAAGGAUGAGAUGUAUGCGAAUUCAUCAGCAAAUGACGGUGGUAGAUUUUCUAUUGGUAGUCUCUUCAGAUCGAGAUCGGAGAAAUUGCUUUAUAACUUGGGUUUGAUCAGAUCCUGCUCUUAAGAUAAGGAGUGUGAAUAUGUUUGCUUGAGAGCUUGUCGGAGAAGCUCCCAUCAACUUCUUGUUGAUCUUUGAAUGAGUUCUUGAUCUAAAGAUUGGACUGUAAUGACCUACUUUUCACAUGAAUGCAAAGAUCAGGAAUUCAAGUGUU